GUAGUAUUGAGAGAGAGAGAGCUACAGACUUCAGUUGCUUCUAAAAAUUAUGGAGUUCAAAUUCAGUGUACUCAAAUUGCAUUUGAUUGCCCUAUUUCUUCUUCCAACCUCAACGCUAGGUUCCAAUACCUGCAAUUUUCCCGCCAUUUUCAACUUCGGCGAUUCCAAUUCCGACACCGGCGGCCUAUCUGCGGCGUUUGGCCAAGCUCCUCCUCCCAACGGAGCCACAUUCUUCCACUCCCCCUCCGGCCGCUACUGUGAUGGCCGCCUUCUAAUCGAUUUCAUAGCUGAAAGUGUGGGAUUGCCUUAUCUCGAUGCAUUUCUGGACUCGAUGGGAACAAAUUUCAGGCAUGGAUGCAAUUUUGCGACUGCUGAAUCGACGAUCAGGCGUCAGAACACAACCAUUUGGCAGAGUGGGUAUAGCCCCAUAUCUCUCGACGUUCAACACCUCCAAUUUUCGGAUUUUCUAACAAGAUCACAAAAUUUUAGAGAAAAAGGGUUGUUUCAGAACCUGUUUCCAGAGGAGGAUUAUAUCUCCCGAGCUUUAUACACCUUCGACAUAGGCCAGAAUGAUCUCACCGCCGGCUACAAACUCAACUUGUCGACUGAGGAAGUCAAGGCCUAUGUUCCUGAUGUGUUAGGCCAGCUCUCUCAUGUAAUCAAGGUAAGAAAACAACCGGGGAGGACAUUUUGGGUACACAACACGGGGCCAGUUGGUUGCUUGCCGUAUGUCAUGGACAGGUUCUUGGUCACUGCAGCGCAGAUUGACAAACAUGGCUGCUCGUCUCCAUACAACGAUGUCUCACAGUAUUUCAACCUCAAACUGAGGGAGCUCGUCUUGCAGCUCAGGGACGAGCUCCCUGCAGCUGCAAUCACGUAUGUGGAUGUUUACGUGGUUAAGUAUUCUCUCAUCAGCCAAGCAAACAAACUAGGAUUCGAGAAUCCAUUCGUUGCUUGCUGCGGCCAUGAAGGGAAAUACAACUACAAUAGGUGCAUCAAAUGUGGUAGCAAGACAGUUGUCAAUGGGACAGAGACUGUUCUUGCUGUUUCAUGCAAGGAUCCCUCGACGAGGAUCAGUUGGGAUGGGACACACUUCACCGAGGCAGCAAAUAGGUACAUCUUCGAUCAAGUUGUUGGUGGGGCGUUUUCAGACCCUCCUGUUUCAUUGAAGUUUGCUUGUAAUAGGAUGAAUACCUCACAGAAGUAGCUGUGGUCAUGUCAUCAAACACAGAUCUUGAAACAUUGAUGCACAAUGAAUAAAAUUUCACAUUUCUUGCA